AUGGAAGCGGGAGGACUUUCGGGAGUCAUCAAUUCGUGGAUCUCUUCGGAGGUCUCCAGUGGAGUCCUCAUUGGACUGGCCGUUCUCCUCUGCUUUUUGGGCAUGAGAGGCGAUCUCUGCCCCGACUGGAUGAAGACUGCAUGGGAAUUUGUGUUUCAGUGCAUGCGCCUCCCCAUCGUUUUGGGAGAUAUCCGCGACCACUUGCAGGAACUCCGCUUGACCCACGAGAUGAUGGAUGAAAUCAAGAAUAUGAUGGACAAGCUUCAGGACCUCCUCAAAGACAUCAACUCUGCGGCGGGAGGACUGCAUGAGGAAAUGGAGAAAUUUGUUACUGGCAAUGUCCGGGAACUCAAAGAAUUCGAGGGCAAGAUGAAUGAUGUUCUCAAAAUGCUUCAGCCACUUGAUGGCCUGGUGAGGAAUGGCAACGACCUGGGGACUCGAUGUCUGGGUGAGGUUGCCAAGGCUCAGGUGGCCUUGGAUGAAGCACUGAAGAUCAUCAAGGCUGAGUUGCCUCAUGGGUUGCUCGCCAAGAAGUUCGACUACCUCAAGGACACUUUGAAGACCAUCCAAGGGGAUGUUAAUGCAUGGUACAAACAAGAGAAUUCGCAGCAAGGACAGUAUUCUAAUUCACAGCAAGGGCAGUAUUCUAAUUCACAGCAAGGACAGUAUUCUAAUUCACGCGCAAGUGACAGUCGUGCCAAUGACCAGCCUUACCAUGAUCAGGGUCGUUCAACGACCCAAGAAGAGGCACGAUCCAUAUCUUUGGUUGAUACUUUGCCAGUUGCACCGGUGGUCCCGAGUUCUCCUCCCGGAAAUCCAACCGCGACCGGGGGACCUGAUCUCACCACCCUGGUGAUGGCGGCUGCACAAGUUCUGCAGGCUCAACAGUCCCAACAGAGGUUCUGGACCGAUUGCACUUUCAUGUUAUUGUUGAGCUCUUUUACAGAUUUGCGGUUCCUUUUGUGGCAAUGCAAGUUUUGGAGAGACCUCUACAGAAUGCCAAAGCUUCUUUUGGAAGUUCGCGACGAAAUCUUGGCUUUUGCCCAUAUCACAGACAGCCUCGCUGCUGUCAACGAAGGGCUGGGACAAGUGCGAGAAUUCGUAAUUCAAUUGCAUAAUGAUGCUAGCGAAGCCCUCCGUGAGCCACCACCAGCCAGGAUACAGACUUCCCGAGGAGAUACGACCCAAUGCCUUCGACUGCUUCAGGAGCUAACGACUCUCACUCAGGACCUGGCGCGCUCAGUUGAGCGACUACAUCAAACCCAAGGAAGGGUGGAGCAUAAAGUCCACCAAGCAUCACCGUUGUUGCGCUCGGUGCACGGUAUCUUGGCCAAUGAAUUUCCCCCUGGGAAAUUCCGUUGCAACCUGGAUGGCACUGAGGAAGCAAUGGAUGCCUUACGUGAGGACCUGAAUGCACACACCCAAGCCUUGCGAAGGUGUAUGGACUCAGAGUUGGGCUUGUUCGGGGCUAGAGCUUCGCCGGGUGACUUCUACAACCUGUGCUCCAUCAUGCCACCUGUGGCGCCCUGGGAAGAUGACCCACUCGAAGAUCGCCCGGACCUUCCUAUUUUAGCACUUGCAGCCACUAAUGUGCUUCGAGGGCAGUGA